AAAUAAUAUAUUUCGCGAUAGAGUGGCUACUACUGCGACUUGGUUUGAGAGCUCCAUUGACGGGAACCAGGGUUUCUUCCGCUGCUACUCGUCGAAGAAAUUUUGAUUGGGAAAUUGUUCGGCGCCCAAAUUCUUCAGGAGCAGAUUUUUUUGGGGUAGGGUAAGAUGGCUCGAAAUGAGGAGAAAGCACAGUCAAUGCUAAAUCGUUUCAUUGCCUUAAAAGCUGAGGAGAAGAAGAAACCUAAGGAACGCCGACCCUACCUUGCCUCUGAGUGUCGUGACCUUGCAGAAGCUGACAAAUGGCGUCAGCAAAUCAUGCGUGAGAUUGGGCGUAAGGUUGCAGAGAUCCAAAAUGAAGGCCUUGGUGAGCAUCGCUUACGUGAUCUCAAUGAUGAGAUCAACAAGCUUAUCAGAGAAAAGUCACAUUGGGAGCGUCGUAUAGUUGAGCUAGGUGGCCCCAAUUAUACCAAACACUCGGCUAAAAUGACUGACUUGGACGGAAACAUUGUUGAUGUACCAAACCCAAGUGGUCGUGGUCCUGGAUAUCGGUAUUUUGGUGCUGCUAAGAAGUUACCAGGUGUGAGGGAGUUGUUUGAGAAGCCACCUGAACUAAGGAAGCGUAGGACUCGUUAUGACAUAUACAAGAGGAUCGAUGCAAGCUACUAUGGCUAUAGGGAUGACGAGGAUGGGGUUUUGGAAAGAGUGGAAGGUCCAAGUGAAGAGCGUAUGAGAACCGAGGCAGUCGAAGAGUGGCAGAGAAUGGAAGAGAUAAGGAAAGAAGCGAAGAGGGCAGUAAAGAGCGGGGAGGUAGCGAGCGUGGUGAACGUUGCAGCAAAGGAGGUACUAUUUGAGGAGGAGGAAGAGGUUGUGGAAGAAGAGAGGAAAAGAGAGAGGGAAAUGAAGGAGAAUUUGGACAAGGAGAGGGAGUUUGUGGUGCAUGUGCCUUUACCUGAUGAGAAAGAGAUUGAGAAGAUGGUACUGGAGAAGAAGAAGAUGGAACUGUUGAGUAAGUAUGCGAGUGAUAUGCUUUUGGAUGAACAGAGCGAAGCCAAGACCAUGCUCAAUAUACAGAGGUAGACUAGAUAGAUGGUAUGCCCCUAGUUUAGUUAGUGCCCAAAAUUGUAAUAGAUUUAUUUUUGUUAAAUCUGAUAUGCAUCACUGGAAAUGCAAUUGCCAAAUGAAUUUGGUUUGUCCAUUGAUUUCUUGGUUGUGUGGUGGAUUGGCCAAUCAUAUUUCAGAUCCAACCAGAGGGACAGCAAAGACCGAGUUGUAUGAUCAAAUACUGUUAUGAUGUUUGUUUAGCUUCUCCCUAUAUUUUUGCUAUGAACAUCUUAAAGGUGCAAUCAGCGUUGAUGAAUGAUGAAAAACCUCAGAUAAUAGGUUGCAAGAAUUUACCAAAUCCCCACUCUCCGAGGGCAAGAAUCUCGACAGUGAUGUCUCUCUUCCAUGUACACAGGACAGUAUUUUGGGGCGCAUUUGUUUUAAGACUUUGCAGUCGAUUUUGGAUGCUGACGAAUAUUUAUGGCUUUUGGAUUAGCUUCGUGUAUUUCCAUAUUCUGUUUCUUCAAGUUUACAAAGAAGCUUUUCAUA